ACGAACCCUCGGCCCUCGGCAGAGCGUCGCCCCACCACAUCCAGUCGUACUGCGAAUGCCACGCUGUGAGCUUCGUAUUCGCGGUAUUUCGGGACUUUUCAUUUGCUCGAUAAAUCGAACUUCGUUGUCACGACACAGUGUUUCCGUUUCGUCGACGAUAUCCGCGUGAACGAUAGGUCGUUAGAUUUGACUCGAUGUUUUGCAGAAAUCGGGGUUCUCCGUUGUUUCAACGGUAGUUGCAGUUGCACCGUUGGCGCUGCUUUUUCCAGUUCGAACGUAGCGUAAGCGUGUGCCACACGAGAAGGUACGGUCCGAGUGGCGAAAACCGGUGAUCGAGGUUAUCGAGUGUUUCCUCGCUGAUUUAUCUAAUUCCGAAAUUAACGGAGAGUGUUGAAAGUGCGCAAGCCGGAGAAAUCGCGAUGCGACAGCGCCGGGAGAUGCUCCAUUUGCAGUGGCAGCGGCAACAGGAAGGACAAGACGUUCCGACAGCAAGAUAGAAAGGUUACCGAAGGAACAAACUGGCGCGUAGUUAGAUAGCAGCGUGAUUGACUCGAGUCGACCGAUAGGGGGACGCUGUCAUUCCUUGUUCGAACAUUUAAAACGAGCGCGCGGUUUAGCGGAACACUCGGUUCUGGUUGGUGGGACCGUUUUGUUGUUUACCAACGUCUGUGUGUGGUCAAACACAGGAACGUCGAUUACUCUGAGGAGAGAGGGUCGGACAAAAAGGUGAAAGAGCGAAACGAACGAACACGUUCGUUCGAGGUAUAUAGCGAAAGGGAGAGAAAGAUAGAGGAGGUAGUAGAGUAUAGGAGAACGCGUGCUCGUUGAAGAUAGAAGAAGAAAGAACGAUCGCUAAGAAAGAGAGGUAAGCAAUAACGGCAAGUGGGCGCACGAGAUGCAUUCCAGAUGGACGAUGACGCCGCACAGUCUGUAAGACUCGCGUGGUUUCUACGUUCUAUCGCGUUUGUCCGUGAUUGUCGUGUCAGGACGUAUCGACGAUCGUCGGGUGGGUUAUGACGCGCGCUUAACGCGCUGCGUGCACGAAUAGAAGCGAACGUGUGUCGAUCCUGUGUACAACAUGGAGUCCGACACGGCGGCCGACUGGUCGUCGGCGAGAAAGAGCUCCCUCGAGACAUCGAUGCCGAGGAAAUUCCGUAAGGAUUCAUGUCGAACGACGGGGGGUGCAACACUCAAUUGGGCAAUGUGCGCCCUCUGUAUUACCAGCUUGGCUGUGUCCGGUCUACUCGUGUACAGGGAAAUAGGAUUGGAAUCGCGGAUCGCCAAUUUGGAGGCUCGUUGUCAAAUUCAAGAAAUGCCGGACGUUCUUAUUCAGAGGCUCAAGAGAGAAGUUCAGGAACAGUUGGAGGUGCAUCGGCCUGCGUUCCAGUCGAACGUUUUUCGGAUCAAACGAGACGUUUCCGAGUGCAACUGUCCACCAGGUCCUCCCGGUGAGCCAGGUCCUCCUGGAAAAAGGGGGAAAAAAGGGAAAAAAGGUGAUCCCGGGGAACCAGGCCCGCAGGGUGUGGCCGGGACGCCGGGCAAGAACGGUUUUCCGGGACCUAUUGGGUUAGAUGGACCAAAAGGUGAGCCGGGACGACCCGGAGAAAAAGGACAGAAAGGCGAACUGGGAAGUCCGGGCUUUGACGUCUUUUCCGCAGUAAAGGUCAAUGCACAGGGAUUAGGGUUAAAGAGGUCGGUGACGACGCUCCGCGGCGGGACGCUUGGCUAUGCGGAAAUCGUCGCUCUGAAGGGAGAGCCAGGCGAACCUGGACCACCGGGGCCACCCGGUCCUCCGGGAGCCGAAGGUCUUCCUGGGCACGAAGGCAGGCAAGGAUCUCCGGGUGACGUUGGGCCACCGGGUGAAAAGGGAGCAUCGGGACCGACUGGACCAAUUGGUCCGCCUGGUACGCCGGGACUUCCAGGUCCUAAGGGUGACAAGGGCGAGAGAGGAGAUCGAGUUGUAACAACAUCCUUAAACGGGGAACCGUUUCCAACUGGAGUAUUCGAAGGACCCCCCGGUCCACCAGGACCACCUGGGCCCCAGGGCGAGAAGGGGGAGCUGGGUCCGACGGGACCACCCGGUCUGCCGGGAGAGAAGGGUGCCCGGGGAAAGCAAGGGAAGAGGGGUUUCAAGGGUGAAAGCGGUGUGGCAUUGAUGAGAGGCCCACCCGGUCUACCGGGUCCAAAGGGUGAACCCGGGGAACGGGAUUACCGAGGCGAAAAAGGCACCAAGGGAGACACAGGCUCACCAGGACCAAAGGGAGAACAAGGACUACCUGGUCUGCCUGGACUCAACGGAACAGAUGGGGAAACUGGUAUUCAGGGUCCUCCAGGAUUGCCAGGUAUUUCUGGACCGAAAGGUGAGAAAGGUGACUACGGAGACAUCGGACCUCCAGGACUUAUGGGACCACCAGGUUUGCCUGGUCCACCGGGUUAUCCAGGAUUGAAAGGUGAAAAAGGAGAGAAAGGUGAAUCGAAAUACAAGAAACUCAGGCGAAGGCAGGGAGACGGUACUUUCGAAGUAAAUGCCGGCGAAGUGAUAAUGGGACCACCGGGACCACCUGGUCCAGCUGGUACUCCUGGGCUUCAAGGUCCACCUGGCAUAAAAGGCGACCGAGGACACGAUGGUGCAAAGGGCGAUCCUGGAGAGAAGGGUGCCAAAGGAGAUCCUGGUCCAAUGGGACUACCCGGCCCCAUGGGACUGAGAGGAGAAUCCGGAAAACCCGGGGAUGCCGGGAAACCUGGUGCCAUGGGGCCACCAGGAUUAGACGGCAUGAAGGGUGCACAAGGAGAACCAGGCACAAAGGGUGAAAGAGGGGAUCCUGGCCUACCUGGUACCGAUGGAAUUCCUGGCGCGGAGGGACCGAAGGGAGAGAAAGGUGCUAAAGGCGAAUCUGGACCGCCAGGGAAACGCGGUAGGAAAGGCGACAAAGGCAACAAAGGAGAUCAGGGUGUACCCGGGCUAGAUGCUCCAUGUCCAUUAGGAGCCGACGGACUUCCGCUAGCAGGAUGCGGUUGGAGACCACCCCAGAGAAGAAGGAAUAUUCUUCAUGAUUGGCUAGAAGAGGAAGCCGAAAAAGAAGAGGGGCAGUGAUACAAGUAUUUUAAAAGAAGAUAGUACAUAUUUUCAAAGACCUCUGUGUAUACUCCAUCGUAAAAAUACAAUUCAUCCAGUUUAGAACGCGAAGAAAAUCGAGUUAUGUAUUUAAGAAAAAGAAAUAUAUAUAUUUUUUUACAUAUAUAUAUUUUUUUUUCUUUUUUGGCAUAUAAAAUACAUGUAUGCCGAAAUAAUCUUCUUGCCAUCGGGUGUUGUAAAUAAGUGUACUUACAGUGUUUAGCGUCCGCAAAUAGUGCGUGUACAUAAAUAUUUAGAGCUUACUACCGAAAAUGCGGUUAGAACGACACCAUAAUUUUAUCGACAAUUUGUUUAUAAUGUAAACGUAAAGUCAGUAAUUUAUAAAUUACUUUAUUUCUAAGGAGAGUAAAAUUAAUGACCGAAUUAUCCAAAUAUCGUUUGCACAACGUAAUAUAGCGAUAGCAAAGUUCUAAAACAAUAAACAAUUUUAUUGGUCUGUUAACAUCAUUGUCAACGUGUUUUAUUUUUUUUUUAUUUUUUUUUUUUUUUUUUGCUAAAAUACGUUGCACUCUAUGUGAAGAAAUAAUUUUUCUCUCUGCGUGUUUUUUAUGUGGACAUGUCUCGUGGAAGCACAAGAUGUAAAAAGUUGGAAACGUUAAUCGUUUUGUUCUAUCUUCUUUAGCUGAAGAUGAAUUGAACGUAUAUUCACGUAAAUUUCAGUCAAUGUUAUUUUUCUGUUUAUUUAUUUUCUUGCUAGAAUGCAACCAAAUGCAUUUAAGCAUAAUUAUAAUAUUAUGUAUUUAUAUAGCUGCUAUUAAUUAUUACCUUUAUUAUACAUUACUAUGUUUCUAAGAUUUUUUUAAAUUUAAAUUAUAUUAUUCUCGCCAGAUCUAGUUUUCUCGCAUAAUCAAAAUUUGUAUAACAAGUUCAACUAUGAAACUUGGAAUUUUAUUUUCAUCGAAAAACUAAUGCCAUAUGAUUGUUUUAACGAGGAACGGUUGAAAAUUUCUUUUCCCAGUAUGUGUCAUUUAUGUGCACAAUACAUAUAUGCGUACCUAUGCCAUUUUAUUGCCUUCGGUACGUUUAAUAAAAAAAGUGCACAUUUCUGCGCGAUCGCAAGGGAAGAUUUUUAUACAAAUAUCAGUUAAUAAUGCAUAUCUCGACAUAAUUUUCAUCUAGAUUAGUAAUAAUAUCAACUGUAAAGCAAAGGAGUAACGUGUACACAUUGUCAAUACUGUCAGGUAUUGUUAAAUAAAGAAUAAGUAUAUAUCUAUAGUUUUCAUAUUGGCGUAUAGUAAAUCCCGAAUUGGAAAUAAUUCCUAUUUAUUGUUAUAUAUAUAAAAAAAAAUAAAGCAAAAAGAGAUUCAUAAGGGCAUAAGAUUGAUUUGUU